UUCGGCUAGCGUCGGUUUUGGUUGGACACGCGCUCUCCCCCGCUCUCCCGCUCUCCCGCUGAUCGGCAACAUUCAGUUAUUAGGAUUAAAGCGAGCCGCAGUGACUACACUUAAACCCGUAGAUCGAAUCGUCAAGCCGCGUACUCAUCGCGCAAACUGCGUCAAUUGUGGAGGGGCACACGAUCCGCUGUUUGGUGCGGGCGCCGCGAGAGGACGCGCCCGCGAUGAUCGUUGGCCCGCAUCAUUGGCCCGCAUCAUUGGCCCGCGGCCGCUCGCUGCACUGACACCACGUAGCGCUGAUUGCAAAAGCAUUCACUCAACCGCGUCCGCGCGCAGGUCGUCAACGCGUGCGUCCAGCCAUGAGGUCACUCUUGUGCGCGUGCGUCGCGGUCGCGGCGGUCUCGGCGCUGCAGCCCGUGUCGCGCCGCAACGGCCUGAAACACCUGGCUUCGGGCGGCGCGGCCCUGGCGCCUCUGCUCUACCCGGCCGCCGCCGAGGCGGCGUUCGGCAAGCCCAAGGCGUUGACCAAGAAGCAGCUCGCGGAGAAAGAAGCCCGCGAGAAGGAAGAGGCCGCGGCGGCCGCCGCGGCCCAGGCGGCCGCAGAUGCCGAGUCCGACGCGGAGGCCGCCGCGGCGCGCGAGCGGGAGGAGGCCGCGGCGGCCGCGGCCGCGAAGGCGGCGCGCGCCGACAACAAGGGGGGCAAGGGCCUCCGCCGUUCUUGCGCCUCGCGGAGCCAGUUCGUCCGGAACGGCGAGUGCGUCGACCGCUUCAAGGGCGACGUGCCCAAGGACGCGAUCCAGCGCAACCUGGGCAACGUCGCGGCGACGGGCGACAGCAUCAGCGGCACCUUCUCGAAGAUCGGCUACCGGCGCGUCUGCGACUCGCGGUCCCAGGUGCUCGUCGGCGGGGAGUGCGUCGGCCGCAACUAGGAUUAACACUUGAGUUUAA